UCAGUCCAGCCCGCAUGAAGCAAUUUUCCCUCUCAAAAACCAUCUCUCUAAAACUUUCCAGUAAUCUCACUCUAAAACCAUCCCUCUCUAAAACUCUCAAUUAAUCGCUUUAAACUCAAAAGCCUAUCCCCUCUCGAAGCCGAAGUCCCCAUAAACUGAGCCCACAUCGACCCCAUUUCUCGAACCAAGCGGCUUGAGCCAUGGACCCAGGCUCCAUGGCCGCACUCUUCUUCGACAAAGCCACGGCCUUUGCCGAGUCCCUGGCCUCGAGCUCCGACCGAGCCGACCUUCGAACCCACUUAGCCCGGGUGCUUGAGUCCCCCAACCAUGGUUCGGCCCUCCAAGCCCUGGACGUAGCCAUCCAAGCCCUAGACCCACCUCACUGCAACUCCCCUUCCUCUCUCAAGAAAGCGCAGAAAACCCUAAAAGCGCUAGCACAAAACGCCCCAUUCCCUUCAAUUUCUGCUUUUUCUUCGCUUUAUCUUUCAUUUCUCUCCAUUUCAGAAAAUAAUCCAUUGCAGGCGGCCAUUAACGUGGCCACUGUGUUUGCGAAAGACCCAUCAAUGGCAAGAUCGGAAGUCGCGCCUCUGCUCUGGGAAGAGGCAUUUUUGCCCCACUUUGGAGCUGCUUUGAAGUGGUAUAAGCUCCAAAGAGAGAUAAUUUUGCAGGGAAUUUUGCCUGUGAUCGGUCGGGUUAGCGAGAACCAGGCCUCGGAGUUGCGAGAAUUGGAGAGGGUUUUCGAUGAAGCGCUUGAUGAAAACACUAGGAAUUUUGCAGGGUUUUAUAAGGAAUGGUUUGAGAGUGGGGGCAACAAGAUUGUUUUUCCUGAGGUUUGGGUGCCAUUAGAGAGAGAAAGAGAGCUGCUGGUGAAUGGCGAUGGAGAAUUUCAGAGGCAGAGAGUCUGUGAGUUCACAAAUGGGCGUUAUAAUCCUGUAUGGGAAGAAGCAGAGAGAUCAAUGGAAAUAAGUGAGCAGUUCUCUGCAAAUUUUCUGCAGAGAGUACUGCAAAACCAGCUUCAAAUGCCUCCAUCAACUCAAAGCUCUGUUUCUUAUUCAGAAAUUUUGCCAUUAAAGAAUGCAACUCAGAGCUCGGAUUCGAGUUCAGGGACUUUUCCAUCAAAUAAUAUAAAAAGAGGAUCAAAUUCAAGCUCGUCAGGCUCGGAAUUGGAGAUAGCUUCAAGUCCGGAGCUUAGUUCGCCAUUAAUGGAGGGGUUUGCUUGUUCAUCUGAUAACUUUCAAGCUUCUGAUGAUUCAGAGAUUGAUUCCUCAAAGGGAAAUACCAGAAAAAAGAAAUUGUUGAGGGGGCACAUUAGACAUAAUUCAGGACUGACCAGCAGCUCUCAAGCUCCUUUAAUGGCGGACGCAGAUUCAGAGAGCAGCUCUAUAACAGGUGGCUCUGCCCCUAAACAAGCAGCACCAAAGGACUUUGUUUGCCCCAUAACAACACAGAUCUUCAUAGACCCAGUGACUCUCGAAACAGGGCAAACAUAUGAGCGCAAAGCCAUUCAAGAAUGGCUUGAUAGAGGAAACAACACUUGUCCCAUAACUCGCCAAAAACUUAGCAGCAUAGUUCUUCCCAAGACCAAUUAUGUUCUCAAAAGGCUCAUAGCUAGCUGGAUUGAACAAUUCCCAGGAUCGAAAACCAGGUUAGAAAACAAAAAGGCAGUGAUGGAUAUGCAAAAAGGUGAAAAUUCAAUCACAGAUCUGCCAGAAAAUGAAGUUCAGGCAACGGGUCUGCAAGGAAAUGGAAUUCUGGCAUUGGGUCUGUCAGAAAAUGGAAAUCCGGCAAUGUAUCAGCCUGAAAAUGUUACUACAAGCACUGUUUCGGCAGAGAAAAGAAUUCCUAUUAUUGGUGCACUUCAUGACAGAAGUACAAAAAUGGGUAUGCCUGAGAAUUCGCAAUUGUCGUCCUCCCCCACAAGUGUAAUAAGCAGAGCAACUAUGGAUGGAUCAGUUGGGGAAUUAAGGCUCGCAAUAUCUCGUCUAUGCACCUCAACUCUUCAAAAUGAAUCUGAGGUUUCAGUGCUCACUAUAGUCAAUGCAUGGCACCAUGUAAAGGCAGAGCCUGAGGCUUUGGCCUUAUUAGUUAGACCAGCUGUGAUAAACGGGUUCAUAGAAAUCAUGUUUAAUACUUUGGACCCUAAGGUUUUGGCAUCAAUUGUGGGUCUCUUGUCUGAGCUAGCAGCAAGUGAUGCCACAGUGGCCCAAACGCUCACUAGGGUUAACUCUGAUGUAGCCAGGCUUGUUUCGCUCUUCAAGAAUGGCCUUUUAGAGGCUGUUGUUUUAAUAUAUAUGUUGAAUCCUUCACGGUCUAGCCUUGCAGCUAUGGACCUGGUACAACCUCUCUUGAUGGUUAUCAAAACGGAUAAUGAUGGUAAUACUGACGAAAUAUAUAAAGAUGGUUUUGAUGGGAUUCAGGGCAUUAGUGGUGGUGCUAUUUCUGAUGGUUCUGAUAGGACUCUAGGCAUAAGCACUGAUAUGGUUUCUUCUGAAACAAAAUCAACGGUUUUAGUUAGGCCCAAGAUGGCCAGUAUAGUCUUACUGGCUAGGAUUUUGAAAGGAGGGGAAGAGCUCGAGGUCUCUGCAACUGCUAAAGCUGUAAUUUCAGGGGGUGCAAUUGAAGGUGUGAUUCAAAGCUUAGAGUCUGAUCAUGUGAGUGAGAGGAUGGCAGCUGUUGGGAUCCUCUUACAGUGUAUCCAUGAAGAUGGAAAUUGUAGAAAUGUGAUUGCAGACAAGGCGGAGUUGGCCCCUAUAUUGGAGUGCUUAGUAAGUGCUACCGACGAUGAACGCUUUGAUGUGAUCUGUUUCCUUAAUAAGCUGGUUCGACUUAAUAGGAGGACGUAUAACGAGCAGAUUCUUCAGAUCAUAAAGGAUGAAUGCAAGUUUAGUACAACACAUACUCUCCUCAUCUAUCUAGAGUCAACCUUACAGGAUCAACACCCUGUCAUUGCUAGUCUUCUUCUCCAGCUCGAUAUUUUGGCAGAGCCAAGAAAGAUGAGCAUGUAUCGAGAAGAGGCUAUCGAUACUUUGAUUUCAUGCUUAAGGAAUGAAAAAUCUCCUGAUGUACGAUUAGCUGCUGCAGAAGCACUUGAGGCGCUCCCGGGAAGGUUCUCUUCCUCAGGUAGAUCCCUUACUCGAGCUUUCCUUCUGAAACGUGCGGGUUUCGAGAAGAGCUACAGAGCUGUGUUGAGGGCAGAGGGAGAGAGGAGGAGUCAUACAUCUGGGGAGGAACAAGAGAAUUUGGAGGAAGCCAAGGCCUCUGAGAAUUGGGAGAGAAAAAUGGCACUUGUUCUUGCUAGCCAUGAAUUUGGUCUAGUGUUUGAGGCUUUAGCAGAAGGCCUAAAGAGCAGAUAUGCACAGUUAUCAGCUGCCUGUUUUGUUUCAGCAACAUGGCUUGUGCACAUGCUCACAAUGCUUCCAGAUACUGGGAUCCUUGGAGCUGCUAGGCAUUGCUUGCUGGAGCGCUUCAUUGCUAUUUUCAAGUCUGCAAGGGAUAUUAAUGAUAAAGCUCUUGCCAUGCUUGCUCUCAACAGUUUUGUCCAAGACCCUGAAGGGAUGCAGGUUAUGGCAUUUCAUAUGAAGGAUAUACUGAAACUUCUGAGAGAGCUAAAGAAGUCAUCUACUUUGGCAGUAAAUAUGCUGAAAAUUUUAUCAGAAGGGCAGGAUUCAAGUAUUCAAGAUGUCUGGAAUCAUAACGAGUUAGCUCAAGCUGAUUGCACUGCAAAUGGAGAAGUUUUGGCAAUUUCUUUCUUUCGGGAUCGGAUCUUCACAGGACAUUCAGAUGGUACUUUGAAGGUCUGGAGUGGUAGAGGGAAACUUCUCCAUCUGAUCCAAGAAUUACGAGAGCACUCCAAGGCGAUCACUAGCUUGGCUAUUUUACAUGCCAGUGACAACAUGUAUAGUGGUUCACUUGACAAAUCUGUCAAGGUUUGGGCCAUUGGAACACAAGACAUUCAUUGCAUACAAGUCCAUGAUAUGAAGGAUCAAAUUUAUAAUCUGACUGUUGCCAAUACCAUCGCUUGCUUUGUUCCUCAGGGAGCCGGUGUCAAGGUUCAUUCUUGGAGUGGGACCUCCAAAUUGAUUAACUCUACGAAGCAAGUCAGAUGCCUAUCUCUAGUGCAUGGAAAGAUUUACUGUGGAUGCAAUGAUAAUAGCAUUCAGGAAAUAGAUUUAGCAAGUGGAACAUCUAGCACUAUUCAGUCAGGUUCCAGAAAGUUACUUGGUAAAGCAAAUCCUGUAUAUGUUCUUCAUGUACAUGAUGGGUUAGUUUACUCAGCCAGCACUCCUUUAGAUGGGGCAGCUGUCAAGAUAUGGAAUGCUUCAAGUUACAGCAAGGUAGGAACAUUGGCUUCAACAGCGGAUAUAAGGUCAAUUGUUGUAAGCUCAGAGCUUAUAUAUUUGGGGUGUAAACUUGGGGUGGUUGAAAUUUGGUCCAAGGAAAAAUCCACAAAAGUUGGACACCUAAACAUGAGAACCACUGGUAAGGUACUCUGCAUGGCUUUAGAUGGCGAAGGAGAAGUUCUGGUUACGGGGACAGCUGAUGGUUGGAUUCAGUUGCAGGCAUGGGGGCUCAUGUGAAUCACAACCAGGAGUGGUGAAUGUAACAUGAAAGAGAGAGAGAGAGUUUGUGGUGUAUUUGGUUGAUAAUUCUUUUCUUAGGAGUGUAAAUCCAGGUCAGCUUUUCUUUGGGAAGGGGGGGGGGCGGGGGAGAGUGAGUGAGAUUUAUUGAGUAUUUUUGUUUGAAAAUUCUUUUGUUAUGAUAGUGUAAAUCCAGUGGGAGCGAGAGAGAUAGAGGGACUUGUAUGGGUGAGGAUUCUUUCCCUGUAAGAGUGAUAAAUCCAGGUCAUCUGAUAAUAGGAACAAAUUAUAUGAGAAGAAACAGGAAGAGGAGAACAAAAAGAAGGCUUUGGAAUAACAGGCAAUUAAAUAGUGAGAAUUGCUGUAUGACUUGUAUACAUAUAGACAAUUGUUUCUACCAGAAAAUGUAUAAAAUAAAGUGUGAGAAAGAAGAGACAGGAUGUGAGGAGUGACACCCGUUUAUUUAUUCUGUAUUAUCCUAAUUUUCCCAAAAUCCAUUAAAGAAACUUGGGAAAGAUUGAGUAUUUCUUAAGAAAAAGGUAAAGUUUAUUAGUGUUUUA